UAAUUUAAGAAUAAUGUGACUGAAUUUGACAGGAGUUUUUUAAAACAUUUACUAUUUUUUGUAAAGAAGAAUAAAUUUUUAUUGCAAUUUUAAAUCCCUGAUAAUGACUAAUGAAAGUUCAAGUGACAUCAGUUCUGAAGAUAUAAGCAAGGGAGUGCAGACGUUAGUUUCUGAGGACAAUGAUGCGUCAGUGCAAACUCCUACUAAUGUCAAUGAUGUUGUUCUCUUGAAUGUACAAUCAGCUGAUGAUGUGCGGACAACAGUGUUACCAAAUUUGGCAGUCGUGACUUCUAAUCAAAAGGAGUCAUGCGACGUAAGCAAAGGAGAUUUUUUAUCUUUGGAUCGAAAUGCAAUGCAGAAUGUUAGGUCUAUGUCUAACCAGCCGCAUUCGAGUAACAGAACAAGUUUUAGACCUCGGGCCAAGAGAAGAGGUGACCCAACGCAUCAUUCAGAACCUAAAAGGAAAUCCCGAAAGGCUAUCAUUAAUAACAUAUACUACGGGAAGCUUCGAAACUUGGUGAAACCUUCAAGCGAAACAUGAAGUUUAUCGUGGAUUCAAAUUUUUAUGGCUUUCAAUCAAUAUAUUUGUUACUUUCGUUUUUUAACAUA